CUGCUGCAGUCUGCAGGGACGUGGCAUGUUGCAGCUGUCGUUUCCAACUGCUCUGUGUUCCUGAAGACGAAGGAUGGGAUGAAGUCGUCUAUCGUCACCAUCAGCUUCACGCCAGAGGGGGACCUGGCUAUGAAGCUUGUCUGGCCCCUGCUGGACGGAUGCCAAAAGUUUGAGCUGCUCUUCCAGCAAAGCGGGCAGGCAGGGCACUACAUGGCACAAGAGAAGAGGGAUCUGCAUGUGAUGGAGACGGACUACAGCCACUACGCCAUCGUGCACGAGCUCCAUCAGAGUGGGCAGAAGCCCAGCACUGCGCUGCAGCUCCUCACGAGGGAGCAGGACCCAAGCCCCCAGCUCCUGCAGAAGUUCAAAGAGCUCAUCCCCACCGUGGGCCUGACCAAGGACAUGCUGGCCAUCCUGCCCAAGUCAGAUCAGUGCACCAAGGCCAUCAGCUGAAGGGGCCAACGCCAGGGCCAUGCGUCCUCCAGACCUGGUGGAAACCAGGCUCUGCUCCCUCCUCUGUGGUGCCCCUUCUUGUCCUCCUCGGCUAGGCUCUGCCGGACCCGCUGCCCCGCGCCAGGAUCACACCUCACUCUUCUAAAUAAAUAGGUGCAGAAGCUGC